CUUUGACACAGGAAACACUUUUCUGUGUGGUUUUAUCCAAGGGUAAAAUAUCUGUGCUGGAUUUCUACUUAUCAUUCUUACAUAAUGUCUGAGCAGUUCUUAGGAACCUGGAAACUCAUCUCCAGUGAAAAUUUUGAUGAAUAUAUGAAAGAACUGGGAGUCAGUUUUGCCCAAAGGAAACUCGGCAGCCUGGCCAAACCCAAAAUAAUCAUCACCAUGGACAAAGACCUUAUCACCAUUAGGACAGAGACCAGCUUCAAAGUUAAUGAAAUCUCCUUUAGACUGGGCCAAGAGUUUGAGGAAAUAACACUGGAUAACAGGAAAGCCAAGAGUGUUAUAACUACGGAAAAUGGUGGUCUGAUUCAUGUGCAGAAGUGGAAUGGCAACCAUACUACUAUCAAAAGAAAAUUAGUGCAGGGGAAAAUGGUGUUGGAGUAUGCCAUGAAUGACAUCAUCUGCACGAGGGUCUAUGAAAGAGCAUGAUGGAAAGUAGUUUCAAAUUUUACUUCAGAUUUAAACUUUGUUGCUUCAUGUAAGUUCAGCAAUGCAAGUCUGAAUAUGGUCCUGUGGACAGCAAAAUAAAGCAGGCCGUCUUCC